UCUUGCUCUCUGCAAAAGCGUCGUCGUCUGCUUCAGUUCUGAACCAAAGCCCUUCUUCAAAGGUAAGUCCAAUUGUUGGCUUUGUUUAGUUUGAUUUCCUUUCCCCUGAAUUCAGGCAGGGAAGUUUUGAGCUAGUUCGUAAUCAAUCAUGUACUUGAAAGAAGGACGUUCUCUAUUGUUGAAAGUUCAGAAACCUUCAAUACCAUUUAUUUUGAACACAAACCCACUUUUAAAACCCCACAAAGAAUCACAAACAGAACCAAACCAGACCCAACUCGAAGAAUCCCAAGUACUUAGCAGAUUGAAGCAAGAACCCAACAUGUCUUUAGCUUUAAACUAUUUCAAGUCCAUAGCCAAUUCAAAUUCCUUUAAACACACCCCAGAAACAUACCAAUGCAUGAUCCAGAAGCUUGCACUUGAAUCUGAAAUAGAUGGUAUUCAAUAUCUUUUGCAUCAGAUGAAGUUAGAACGAAUUAGCUGCAGUGAGGACUUGUUUGUAAUUGUGAUUGAUUCUUAUCACCGAAAGGGGUUAGGUGAACAAGCUUUGAAAAUGUUUUAUAGGAUAAAGGAAUUUGGGUGUGAGCCGACUGUUAAGAUUUAUAACUAUGUGUUGGAUGCGUUGCUUAGUGAAAAUAGGUUCUCGAUGAUUUAUCCGAUAUAUAAUAAUAUAAAGAGAGAUGGUUUGGAGCCGAAUUUGCCUACGUAUAAUAUUCUUUUGAAAGCUUUGUGUAAGAAUAAUAAGAUAGAUGUGGCUUGCAAGUUGCUAAAUGAAAUGGCGAGUGUGGGGUAUGCUCCUGAUGCUGUGAGCUAUACAACUAUAAUUUCUUCAAUGUGUAAGCUUGGUAAGGUUGAAGAAGCAAGGGAGCUUGCAAUGAGAUAUAGAUCGCAUGUGAGUGUUUAUAAUGCGUUGAUAAGUGGAUUUUGUGGGGAAUACAAGCUUAAGGAGGCAUUUGGUUUAUUAGAUGAAAUGCUGGUGGAGGGAUUAGACCCUGAUGUUAGAACGUACUCGAUGAUUAUCAGUUGCCUUUCGAGUGCGGGAAACGUUGAGUUGUCGCUUGCAGUUUUGGCCAAGAUGUUUGUGAGCGGAUGCAGCCCCAAUAUCUAUACAUUUUCUUCUUUGAUAAAGGGGUAUUUCGUGGCAGGAAGGGUGCAUGAAGCUUUCGACUUCUGGAACCGGAUGAUUAGAGAGGGACUUGAAGCCAAUGUGGUUGUCUAUAAUACUGUAAUACAUGGUCUCUGCUUAAAUGGAAAGGUGAGUGAGGCUGUAUCUGUCUCCUGUCAGAUGGAGGAAAAUGGAUGCACUCCAAAUGUAACCUCAUAUAGCUCUCUUAUUAAUGGAUUUGCAAAGUCCAGUGACUUGGUUGGUGCAUCUGAAACAUGGAACAAAAUGAUAACUAAUGGUUGUCAUCCCAACGUUGUGGCAUACACCAGCAUGGUGGAUGUCCUUUGUCGGCAUUGCAUGUUUGACCAAGCUCAUUCUCUUAUAGAGAAGAUGGUGUUGGAAAACUGUCCUCCUAACACAGUUACUUUCAACACAUUUAUCAAAGGUUUAUGUAGUAGUGGAAGAGUUGAAUGGGCAGUAAAAGUACUGGAUCAAAUGGGGCGUUAUGGUUGUGCACCUAACAUAAUAACAUAUAAUGAGCUACUGGACGGUCUUGUCAAAGUAAAUCGACUAGAACAAGCAUUUGGGAUUGUGAGAGAGAUUGAUGAAAAAGGGAUAGAAUGGAAUUUAGCCUCGUACAAUACCAUUUUGUCUGGAUUUUGUCAUGCUGGUAUGCUAGAGGAAGCUCUGCAACUUAUCGGGAACAUGCUGCUUCGAGGUACAAAGCCUGAUGCAAUCACAUAUAACAUAAUAAUCUUUACAUACUGUAAGCGAGGUAAGGUGAAGAUCGCUGUCCAACUUUUUGAUCGCAUUAGAGCUGGAGGUGACUGGCAUCCAGACAUAAUUUCAUACACUAGUCUUCUUUGGGGCCUCUGUAAUUGGAUUGGUUUAGAAGAGGGCAUCAGUCUGCUUAAUAAGAUGAUAAAUGAAGGGAUAUGUCCCAAUGUUGCAACAUGGAAUGUGUUAGUCCAAUGCUUGUUUAACAGCUUAGGUCAUUUGGGACCAAUUCACAUCUUGGAUGAUAUUCUAGGUAAUGGGUGAGAGUGUGUUCAGCCAGGAUUCUUUUUGGGCCAAUGCAGAUACGUUGCUGACUAAUGAUGACAAAUGUAACAGAUACUUCUGUUGACUAACUAGAUGUACAUGUUUGGAAAACCAGCAAGCAGAUAUCCUUGCAAAAUCGGGAAUAGGAAGAGAAAUUGAUCUGGCCAAUGUUUGGACUGAGGUUCAGAAUGGUGAUUCUGUGGUGAAUGGCAAGUAUCUGCGUAUCUAGCCUUCACUUUGAUGCACAGAGAUACACUCAGGCAAAAGGGUGUUAGGCGAAUUGGUUGAGAAGUGGACUUGUGGAAUGCCUGGGAGGACAUUUUAGUGCAGAAGGGAGGUGGGGGAAGUGUUGGUCUGUCAGUAAGAUUUCUUUCAGCGUGAUCUCUGUUUUUUGUUGUGACCGGGAGGCGGUCUGCUUGCUUGUUCUGCUGUUAGUUAUGGCUAUGACAGUUGUUUUUGAUUAUCCAUGGGUUCCUAGAUAGGGUGUGGGGGGAGUUAAGACUGGCCUGAUGAUGAUGAACUCUGACUGAAAGGGUGAGUUUAAAGACUUCGUUUUUAGGAGAGGGAAUGGGAAAUGUUUGCUUAAAAUUCUAUGUUUGUGGCCUCUGUCUUUUGCCCAUUUAUGUAAUUUUGAGGGUUAUGCCACCUCCGGGAUUGUGCAUAGGUCUUAAAAUUGCAGUUCUUUUGUACUUUUGAUUG